GCCAUGGUUCACAUACUUUGUCAACAGCUGGUGGUAGCUUUGUUCCUGGAGCUAGUGUUUUUGGCAUUGGAAAUGGAACAUUGCAGCAUAUAAGGUGUGCUGGCCAAAUCUUAUCCCGUUCGGUGGUGGAUGUUUUGAUGCAGACGUUAUGGCUGCUUUUGAGGCAGCCAUAAGUGACGGGGUUGAUGUGCUUUCAAUGUCUUUGGGAUCGGAGGCCCAUGAUUAUUUCGAAGACGGUAUUGCCAUAGGAUCCUUCCAUGCAGUUGCCAAUGGCAUAGUAGUAGUGGCUUCUGCAGGAAAUUCAGGACCUUUUCCUGAAUCUGUAUCCAACGUUGGACCAUGGAUGCUCACAGUCGCUGCAAGCACAAUUGAUAGAGACUUCGCUAGUUAUGUUACACUUGGUGACAAGAAAAUCAUCAAGGGAGGUAGCCUUUCAGAGUAUGGAUUAUCGUCUGAUAAGGCGUACCCAUUGAUUAGUUCUGCUGAUGCCAAAUAUUUCAAUGGUUCUAUUUCGGAAGCACUCAAUUGCCAGGAUGGAUGUCUUGAUCCUGAGAAGGUGAAGGGGAAAAUAUUGGUCUGUUUUGGUGAUAGAUUAGAGAGUAAUGGGGAAGCUAUUAGGGAAGGCGCCGUUGGAUUGCUUUUGCUUAAUGAAAGGAAUGCAGGGAAUGAAGUUUUACCCCAACCCUACUUGCUUCCUGCUGCUAAUGUUGGCUUUGAGGAUGGCAAUUACAUUUACAAUUACAUCCGCAGCACCAAGUCUCCUACAGCUUAUAUUUCCAGAGUGAUAACAGAAUUGGGUGUGAAGCCAGCUCCAAAUGUGGCUUUAUUUUCAUCUAGGGGCCCCAAUCAUAUUGAUCCGGCAAUCCUCAAGCCUGAUAUCACUGCACCAGGAUUCAACAUCAUAGCUGCUUAUACUGAAGCCGUAUCUGCUACAGGUCUAGAAUCUGACACACGAAUAACUCCUUUCUUUUCCAUGACUGGCACUUCAAUGUCAUGUCCUCAUGUUGCUGGCCUAGCUGGGCUGCUCAAAGCCCUUCAUCCUAAUUGGAGCCCAGCUGCUAUAAAGUCAGCAAUCAUGACCUCAGCCACUUCAACAGAUAACUCUAGAAAGCCUAUCCAGGACUCGUCAUUGAACGAGGCAACUCCAUUUGACUAUGGUGCAGGGCAUAUUAAACCUAACAGUGCUGUGGACCCUGGACUUGUGUAUGACCUGAAUAUUACUGAUUUUUUGAACUAUUUGUGUGGUCGUGGCUACAACAGUUCCCAGCUUAAGAUGUUCAACCACAAGCCUUACACUUGUCCAGAGUCGUUCAGUUUAGCAGAUUUCAAUUAUCCAGCAAUCACAAUUUCUGAGUUUGGCCCUGGAAAUUCUGUGAAUGUCUCUCGAACUGUCACCAAUGUUGGGUCCGGAAGAAGCACUUAUAUGGUACGCAUAAAAGCGCCACCACAUGUUGAAGUUUCGGUGGAGCCUAGGAAACUGAGGUUCAAGAAAAGGGGUGAAAAGAAGGAGUUCAGAGUGGCAUUAACCUUGAAGAAGAAAACUGAAAGCACCACUGAUUUCGUAUUCGGAUGGUUGACGUGGACUGAUAAGAAGCACCAUGUUAGGAGUCCCAUUGCAGUUAACAUGACACAAGUGAGAUGAGAUUUAUGUUGCUGCUGCAUUUACCCUCCAAGUAUUUGGAGGGAUGUUUUCAUCCAUUGUUUUCUUAUCUCUGAAAUAAAGGUUCUGUUCAAUUGUAACACUUAUUCAAGCAGAAAAGUUGUUGUUUUAUGUGUUAAUCCCAUUUAAUU